GAACGGAAGUAGAGUUUGGUUUCCUCCAAGAACAUUCCUUCGCCCUUUACUCACUCCAACUAACAACUGAGCGAAAUUUUAGCAAGGCCGCAUAUGGGAGGAUCCUGAGAGCGCGAGGAACUCCGAAUCGAAUCGUUCUCUCCGCCGCAGUGGGGAAGGGAAAAAGAUCCAAGCUUUUGAUGACUGGAGCCGUCGCAGAUGGCCACCAAGCGCGUGUGCAAGCUCCAGGAGUUUGUUGCGCAUGCUUCCAAUGUCAAUUGUGUCAAGUUUGGGAGGCGGACAUCAAGGAUCCUCAUCACUGGUGGGGAGGAUCUGAAGGUUAAUCUUUGGGCUGUAGGGAAACCCAGUGCCCUCCUGAGCCUAUCAGGCCUUACAAGUCCAGUUGAGUCAGUAAGCUUUGACUCUUCUGAAGUUACGAUAGGUGCUGGAGCAGCAAGUGGAACAAUAAAAAUAUGGGAUGUUGAGGAGGCGAAAGUUGUUCGAACUUUCACUGGGCACAGAUCGAAUUGCGCGUCUCUUGAGUUCCAUCCUUUUGGAGAAUUCUUGGCCUCUGGGUCUUCAGACACAAACAUGAAAAUAUGGGAUAUUCGAAAGAAGAGGUGCAUUCACACAUACAAGGGCCAUACCCGGCGAAUUGACGUGCUUAAAUUUACUCCUGAUGGUCGAUGGAUUGUUUCUGGUGGGGCUGAUAACUCUGUGAAGAUCUGGGAUUUGACGGCUGGAAAACUCUUGCAUGACUUUAGUCUUCAUGAAGGUCCAGUCAACUGCUUGGAUUUUCACCCCCAUGAGUUCUUGUUGGCUACAGGUUCAGCUGAUAAGACUGUUAAAUUUUGGGACCUUGAGACUUUUGAGUUGAUUGGUUCUUCUGGACCUGAGAACAGUCGAGAAUACUUGGUGCCGGCUAGUGUAGUUCGUUCUAUGAAAUUCAACAGUGAUGGUAAAACACUUUUUUGUGGAUUACAUGAAAGCUUAAAGGUUCUUUCCUGGGAACCCAUCAUAUGUCAUGAUAUGGUUGAUGUAGGCUGGUCCACAUUAGCAGAUAUAACUGUUGAUGAGGGAAAACUUCUUGGUUGCUCUUAUAACCAAAGUUGUGUUGGUGUAUGGGUUGUGGAUUUGAUGAGAAUUGAGCCGCGUGCUGGUAGUAGUGCUGGAUCACAAUUAAAUGGAAGUGUAGAUAGUCCGAUACAAUCAGAUAAUAGCAUAUCAUCGGUGUUUGGUAGGCUAUCAGUUUCCAGAAGCCCAGCCAGUGAAAUUGCUUCUGAUACAAUGCUUGAACGCUCAAUGUCUGCUUCAAAAGAGAUUCCUAUCUCAGCUUCUUCUGCAUUAAUAAAGAGAUUGUCCAAACCACCUGGAACAAGGGAUCUCCGGCUCACAAGAUCUGAUUCUGUACCCCUCCUUUCUCCUAGAGUUAGAUUGAACCCAAAUUCCGUUGUUGACCAGAAGAGACAGCCAGCUGCUGUUGUGCCUUUGCCAGCACCAAGAGUCCGCUCUAAAGAGGUUCUCUCUUCAGAUGCUGGAAUGCUGUCUCACAACUCACAUGCAUCGGCAGUUACCACGUAUAGAUCAAGGUCCAAUAUUUCUGCAUGUGGUAGUAAGGAAUCAUCUUUCAUGCCUAUUCUUGUCGCGAGGCAUAGCUCUAAAGUGGAUGCUGGUCCCAUUCUCAGUGAAGCUGCCACAGGUGAGAUACCAACUAUUGAGCCUCGAAAUGUAGAAAAAGGAGGUUUAGCUGCCAAUCAUGGAAAAGAAGAUGGCAAGUUGGUACCCAUGAUUGAUUCAAAGAGCUCAAAAAUGGAUGUAGAAGGUGGCUGUAGAAGAAUCACUGAUGAUGUAAAAACUAGUUUGGGAGUUAAUCUGGAUUUUGACUAUAGAAGGAGGGCUCCAGAAAGCCAAAAGGUGCAUGAGCAUAUAUUUCAGUCAAAGCCUAUUAGUUCACAGAGGAAAUUUACAAGAGAAACUUCAGGUUCUGGGGAAAAUAACUGUUCUGGGUCGGUAUGCACUGAAAGUGUCAAGUCUAAUGAAGUUGGUAGCUGGUACGAUGUGCCUCGUUUUGAAAAACGGAAAUCUGCGUCUACAAGGAACCCAGAGUUUGCCAACAUCAACAGAACUGCAGUGCUUGGAUUGAGCCAACUGGAGUCAAGUGGAAGGCAUGCUAUUGAACGUCGACCUUCCUCUUCGAAUUAUGAUAUCAUCCAGUCUGAACGAACAGUAGACAGCUCGAGACGGUGCCCUUUGCUUGCUCGAAAAGAGUGUGUGUCAACUAGUGAUGAAGAUGUUAUGGCUGAUCUAAUGGAAAACCAUCAAGAAUUCAUUCAUGCAAUGAAGUCUCGGCUAACAAAACUAGAGGUGGUUUACCGUUGUUGGCAAAGAAAUGAUUUAAAGGGAGUUCUUGAUGCUACGUGGAGAAUAUUGGAUUAUGCUGUAACUGCUGAUAUAAUUAGCAUUCUGAUGGAGAAUAGUAACUGUAUCACACUAGAUACUUGUACUUUUCUCUUACGUCUUGCGUCCUGUCUUCUUGAAAGCACAUAUGACAGGCAUCUUAGCAUUGCCUUGGAGAUGGUUCUCAGUCUUGUUAAAAGCUUUGGUGCUACUAUUUCUUCAACUUUGUCAGCUACGCCACCAGUUGGUGUAGACCUUGAGGCAGAGCAGAGGUUGGAGCGGUGCAAUUUAUGCUUCCAAGAACUGAAGAAGGUGAGUGGCAGCCUCAAGUCACUGACAAGGCGGCAAGGAGAGGUUGGGAGAACAGCUCAGGAGCUGAGUCUCUUUCUUCAGGAUAUCUUUCAACUGUCAAGCGUAUAAAUGGCCAUACCGCUACUCGCAAAAUUUUCACCCCUGCUAUUCCUUUGGUCAUAACAGAUACAGCAACAUAGGAUCACCAGCUGUAGUGAAAGAGAUAUAUAGAAAUUACAUACAGGCAUAGAACUUCAAAGGUGUCAGUGUUAUAGCGCAGUGAAGCUUCAAUGUCUUAACUUUUUUUCCCCUCUCUCUAUGAUAGAUAGAAGAUUCAGAGAUAUCAUAUCUAUAACGUCAUGUAUGCACGCCCUCGUGUUGCACGCGUGUGCCUAGCAAAUCAUGUAUAUGGCAUUUUUCAGCUUUCAUAUUGGCAAUUUGCUGUGCAAA